GAGAAUGAGAGAUCAUAUGUUCUGACGGCUACAAAAAUAAUUGUGUACUAACCUGAUGCUUAAAUUUUUGAAUAAAUAAUCUAGAAGUAACCGGAAAGUAAAUGGAAAAUGAUAGUAUUUAUCGUUUAGAAGGGACCACGGAAACAAAAGGUGGCCUGGUUAUUAAGAAAAAAUCGGAGGAUAAAGUGGUGAGUGCUCCGAAAGCUUCGAUUUUAGGGCUAGACAAAUUAGCGGCACAAAGAAGAAAAGAACGAGAGGAUGCAGAGCGAAAAAUAUCUUUUAAAUCAACUGAGUAUGAUGAUGACAGAGAAGUUUCAUCUCCGGUUUUUAAAAUUCCUGACGCUGAUAGUUUUCAUAAAUUAAACCGUCAAAUUCGGCAGUCAAGAAUUGAAACUCCUUCUCAUACGGGUGGGGUUUCAGAAAAAGCAAGAAACCGUUUAAUUGAGCAUCUUAAUAGAGAUCGUAGUAAAAUAAACGUCGUCAGCGCUACCACAAAAGAUAGAAAACGUCAUUCAUCCGACGAUAGCGAUAAUCAUCGAAAAGAAAGAUAUCGGGAAGGCUUUAAAGAAAGAAUUAAAGGUCGCGAUCGUGAGCACAAUCGCAUGAGAGAUGAAGACAAAAUUCGUGAGCGUAAUUAUAAAGAUAAGCAUGGAAGUUAUGAAAAAUAUUCAAGAGAUCCUGAUUCGUCUCGUUCUAUUAAAACCCCACGUUUUAAAGAUGAACCAAGAACGCCAUUAUAUUUCGAAAAGGAUUCGGUUUCGUCAUCUUCGUGGGAUGAUGAUGAAGAGCAAUCUUCGGGUUUCAAAAAAUCUACUUGGGAUUUUCCUACUCCAAAGACAUUUUCUAAAACUAAAGGUGAUUUUUCAGCACGUAGUAACGUUAGCAGCGAUACAAAAUAUCCCAAUAACAUUAAAAAAGAAAGCGGAACUCCUAGACCAACUCCUGCUCACAAGUACAAUAUUUGGGCGAAUGAAAGAAAAAAAUCCGGAGCUACUCCAACAACUAGUCGUCAAGGUUCAAGUAGCAAUAGUCAACCAUGGGGUUAUAAAGAUGAAGAUAGAGAUUUAUGGGAAGAAGAACAAAGGCGUCUUGAUAGAGAAUGGUACAACAUGGAUGAAGGAUAUGAUGAAGAAAAUAACCCCUUUAAUGGAAACGCAGAAUAUUUCAAAAAACGUGAAGAGCAAAUAGAACUAAAGCGAACUAAACGAAUAAGUGCCCAACAACGACAAAUCAAUAAGGAUAACGAGUUAUGGGAAAGAAACAGAAUGCUGACAUCAGGUGUUGUCAUGUCAAUUAACGUGAACGAAGAUUUCGACGAAGAAGCUGUUGAAAGGGUUCAUUUACUAGUUCAUCAUAUCGUUCCACCAUUCCUGGAUGGCAGAAUAGUUUUUACAAAACAACCAGAGCCUGUAAUUCCAGUUAAAGAUCCUACAUCAGAUAUGGCAUUGAUAUCCAGAAAAGGAAGCGCUUUAGUAAGAACUUACAGAGAACAAAAAGAGCGAAGAAAAGCUCAAAAAAAACAUUGGGAAUUGGGUGGCACAAAAUUGGGUAAUAUUAUGGGAAUAGAAAAGAAAAAAGAUGAUGAGGAUUCGAAAUAUGAUGAAGAAACCGACUCAACGGACUAUCGCAAAGAUCAAAAAUUCGCAGAGCAUAUGAAAGAUUCCAAUAGUGGGGGAAAAAGUGCAUUUUCGCAAAAUAAAUCUAUAUUGCAACAGCGGAGAUAUUUGCCAGUGUUUGCAGUAAGACAAGAGUUGCUCAAUGUAAUUCGGGAAAAUUCAGUAGUAAUAAUAGUUGGAGAAACUGGAAGUGGCAAAACCACACAGUUAACUCAAUAUCUUCAUGAAGACGGUUAUAGUAAAUUCGGUAUAGUCGGUUGUACACAACCUAGGAGAGUAGCUGCCAUGUCGGUAGCAAAACGUGUUUCAGACGAAAUGGGAACAAAAUUGGGAGAGGAAGUUGGUUAUGCAAUCAGAUUUGAAGACUGUACUUCAGAAAAAACUGUAAUAAAAUAUAUGACAGAUGGUAUUUUAUUAAGAGAGAGUUUAAGAGAUCCUGAUUUAGAUAAUUACUCGGCAAUUAUAAUGGAUGAAGCUCAUGAGAGAUCUCUUUCAACAGAUGUCUUAUUUGGAUUAUUACGGGAGAUUGUUGCCAGAAGACAUGACUUGAAAUUGAUUGUAACCUCAGCUACAAUGGAUUCUUCAAAAUUCGCUACAUUUUUUGGUAAUGUACCAACAUUUACGAUACCAGGUCGAACAUUCCCUGUUGAUAUGUUUUUUUCGAAGACUACAUGUGAAGAUUAUGUUGAUUCAGCUGUUAAACAAGCUUUACAAAUACAUUUACAGCCAACCGAAGGAGAUAUAUUAAUUUUUAUGCCGGGACAAGAAGAUAUUGAAGUAACUUGUGAAGUUUUAGAAGAACGUUUAAGUGAAAUCGAAAAUGCACCACAAUUAUCAAUUCUUCCAAUAUACUCGCAACUACCAUCCGAUUUGCAAGCAAAAAUUUUUCAAAAAUCCCAAGAUGGUUUACGUAAAUGUGUUGUUGCAACAAAUAUAGCUGAAACAUCCUUAACUGUUGACGGCAUAAUAUUUGUAAUUGAUUCGGGUUAUUGUAAAUUAAAAGUUUAUAAUCCACGUAUUGGUAUGGACGCUUUGCAAAUUUAUCCGAUAUCUCAGGCCAACGCAAAUCAAAGAUCAGGUCGAGCUGGAAGAACCGGACCAGGGCAAGCAUUUCGUUUAUAUACCGAAAGGCAAUAUAAAGAUGAAUUGCUACCAUUAACAGUUCCUGAAAUACAAAGAACCAAUUUGGCAAAUACAGUGUUAUUACUAAAGUCUUUGGGUGUAGUUGAUCUUUUACAAUUUCAUUUUAUGGAUCCACCUCCACAAGAUAAUAUUUUGAAUUCGUUAUAUCAAUUGUGGAUUCUAGGUGCUUUAGAUCACACCGGAGCAUUAACUCCACUUGGAAGACAAAUGGCUGAAUUUCCGUUAGAUCCACCUCAAUGUCAAAUGUUAAUUGUUUCUUUUCAAAUGGAAUGUAGUUCCGAAGUUUUAAUAAUUGUUUCGAUGUUGUCUGUGCCCUCCAUUUUUUACCGUCCUAAAGGCCGUGAAGAAGAAGCUGAUGGAGUUCGGGAAAAAUUUCAGGUACCUGAAUCAGACCAUCUAACAUAUUUGAACGUUUAUUUGCAGUGGAAGCAAAACAAUUAUUCAUCAAAUUGGUGCAAUGAGCAUUUUAUUCAUAUAAAAGCAAUGCGAAAAGUUCGAGAAGUGCGGCAACAGCUUAAGGAUAUUAUGGAACAGCAGAAACUUGAAGUGAAAUCUUGUGGUACAGAUUGGGAUAUAGUUAGAAAGUGUAUUUGUUCUGCCUACUUUUAUCAGGCAGCUCGUUUGAAAGGUAUUGGCGAAUAUGUAAACUUAAGAACAGGAAUGCCAUGCCAUUUGCAUCCCACAUCGGCCCUCUAUGGUUUGGGAACAACACCAGAUUAUGUUGUUUAUCAUGAAUUAAUUAUGACUGCUAAAGAAUAUAUGCAAUGUGCAACCUCAGUCGAUGGAUAUUGGUUAGCUGAGCUGGGUCCGAUGUUUUUUUCCGUAAAAGAAUCGGGCAGAAGUGGAAGAGAAAAGAAAAAACAAGCUGCGGAGCAUUUAAAAGAAAUGGAAAUUCAAAUGCAAAAGGCUCAAGAGCAAAUGGUGGAACAAAAAUUAGUUGCGGCACAACGUCAAGAAGCUUUAAUUCCAAAACAAGAAAUUGUUAGCGCUGGUUCUACUCCGAGAAGAACUCCAGCUAGGUUAGGACUAUAAGUUAUAUUGGUGAUGUAAAUUUUUGUGUAAAAGCUGAAAGUAUUUAGAGGAACAAUAAAUUUAGGAAAAAUUCUGUAAUUUUAAA